AUGUCUAAAUAAAUUGUACAUCAUUAGUCAUAAAGUCUUUGGAACUAUACCUUAUCACCAGGCUGGACAAUGAAAGAAGUGGAGAUUCUGAACUUGGCGCUCAUGAAGUUCGGAAUAGGAAAAUGGCGCAAAAUUAUAAACUCUGAGUGUUUACCAGGUAAGAGCAUAGGACAGAUAUACAUGCAAACUUAAAGAUUACUGGGAUAACAGAGUUUGGGUGAAUUCAUGGGUUUGUCAGUAGAUCUAAAGAAAGUGUAUUUACAUAAUAUGCAAAAAAAGAAUGUAUUCAGAAAGAACAACUCAAUCAUUAACACAGGAGAUAAUAUGACUUAAGAGGAAAGGAAGAAGAGGAUAGCUGAAAACAAAAAGAAUUUUGGCAUCAGUCCUGCUGAUAUUGCUUUAAUUAAAUUACCCAGAUAUCAUGUUAAUUCAUAAACUUCCUUCCUUUCUCAUGAUGAAAUCUUGGAAGGCAAUUUUACGACAGUGGAAAAGAUAAACAAUCUUUGUGCAUUGAAAAAAGAUAUAUUAAGGAAAUUGAAAAAAAUAGAAAAUGGAGAAUUAGAAGAGGCUUUUGAUGAUGAAGUAGAAUAGAAAAGAAGAUAUAAGAAAGUAAUGACGGAUUCAGAUUCAUCAUCAGCUUGAUUGAUAUCAUAUUUUCAUUAAUAUUGAUUUUGGUAUCAUAAAAGAAAAA